AUGUCCGCAAUCCACUAUGCCGCACGCGACGGGGACUGGAACCUCGUGAAUAGCUUGCUGCACAAAGGGGUGGUGGACGUGGAUGAAAGGGGAGAAGCGUUGUUGGAGGAUAGCUUCGAUCCUGAACAAGUCACUGCAUUGCACAUUAGUUGUGACGCUGGACAUUUGAAGAUUUCGCGGUUACUGUUGGAUCGAGGUGCUGAUUUGAAUGCCAAGCGCGAUUUAAUUGAUUUGACACCAUUGCAUGGUGCAUGUAAUCAAUUUGAUCUAGCCGGAAUGUACCUUUUGUUAGCCUAUGGCGCUGAUCUGGAAGCAAGAUGGACGCAUGCCAUUGAACUGGGACUUAUCGUGCAAGGAAGCAUUGUAAGGAACACGGGUUUUGUUGGAUCUAGUGUACGGCUUUUAGUAGAACGGGGAGUGGAAGUGAACAGAUUCAAUACAUGGUACGAGACGCCAUUGAAUAUUGCCUGCCAACAUCAAAACUUGGAGAUGAUGCGGCUGUUAUUGGAGGGGGGUGCUAACAUCGAGAUGACAAAUGACGUCGACGAAACACAUUUGCAUCACGUUUGCGAGGAAGGAUAUCUGGAAAGUGCUAGACUCCUAUUGGACAGUGGUGCCAACUUGGAAGCUAAGAAUGCUGACGACGAUACCCCGCUUGGUUAUGCUUGUGGAUCUGGGAAAGGGGCCGUUGCUAGACUGCUAGUUGACAGGGGCGCCAAUGUAAAUGCAUUAUCUCAAGACGAUACUUGCACUCCGCUUCUGCAUGCUUGUAGGGGGGGACAUGUCGAGAUUGUACAACUUUUGCUCGAUCACCACGCAGAUAUAGAGGCAGAAGAUUGUGCCGGACAUACUGCAUUGCACGUCGCAUGUGAAGGCUACCAAGCAUCUGUUGCCGAUGUGCGACUCCUCUUGGAUCGGCGUGCCAAUAUAGAAGCCCGGACUCCUGAUGGAUAUACCCCACUACAUAUCGCUUGCCAACAUACAGACAUGGAAAUUGUGCGUCUGUUGCUGGGUAGAGGGGCAGCUGUGCAGGUCAGGACGGCAGAGCGCGGCAUGACUUCUCUACUCCUUGCAUCCGAAAAGAGAUCCCAUGAGGUCGUAUGGUUGUUAAUACGGCGGUUUCCAUGGAUAAUCAUGGGUACGUAG